AUGAACAAUAUAACCUGCAUUGUAGGUGAUUCUAUAUGCGGUUCGGCGGGGAAGUCAAAGUUUACUGGUUCAGAUAAAGAAGUUUUCCUCAGAGGAUACAGUACAUAUGAAGGGGAUCGGCCAAAUGAAGCUGCGGCCUUACAGGAAGGAGGAGGCGAAAUUAUGGCUGCCAUCAAUGGUUUGGUGGAGGUAACUGAUCGUGUUGUUUCUAUUAAAGGAAUGUCGUCUCGUUAUCAAGCCGAAAUAGGCGAUAUUGUUAUUGGUCGUGUAAAGGAGGUCAGUGGCAAUCGGUGGCGUGUAGAUAUUGGCGCUUAUCAAGACUCUGUUAUGUUGCUGUCCAAUGUGACAGAGCCAGGGGGUAUACUCAGGCGAAGGGGACGAAGUGACGAGCUUACUAUGAGGCAUAUUUUUGAUCAAGACGAGCUGGUUGUUGCGGAGGUGCAACGUAUUUCCCCCGAUGGAGUUGUGUCUCUCCAUACACGCUCUGGUGAAAAGUAUGGGAAACUGUCUGGUUUUGGUGUACUUGUCUGGGUUUCUCCUGCCUUGGUAAAACGGGCCAAGAACCAUUUUUUUUCAGUCGAUGCGUUACCUGUAAACGUAAUUGUGGGAUUGAAUGGUAUGAUAUGGGUGGGUCCUGAAGGGAUACAGAAUGAGCGAGUGGAUGAAUCUUCAACUGCAAAUGGUGCGUCGGAUGUUGAUGUGAGGCGCAGUGUCACCCGUGUGGCGAACUGUAUUAAAGUGAUGGGAUUAGCCAGACUUCCUGUUUUUUCUAAAUCGAUAAAUGCCGCUGUGGUGUCGUCCAUUCAUUUAGGGCAUGGUCCUUUCGAGGUUUUGGAGCAGUCGAAUCAGCACUUUAUUGCAACCGCUGUGAUGGAGAGAAUAACAACGCGAAAGCGCCCAAGGUAA